AUGGCGAAUCGACCCCCAAUCACAAUCAAAGAAGUUGUCAAUUUGAGCAGAUUUGUCAAACCGGAAUCAAUCAGUUUUAAUACCGUGGCAAUUGAAGGCGAUAAGUUCUUCACUGUUCUCGAAAAGGGUGAAGAAAAGCGCGUGAGGAUCUUCUCGACAAAUAAGAUCAACAGCCCGGACUCUCGUUCGUGCGCUGCUGAUUUUGCUAUCAUGCAUCCAACCCGCCAGAUCAUGGCUGUUGCUUCAGGAACAACUGUCCAGAUGUUUGACAUCUCCUCGAAGUCAAAAGUGGCUGACAUCACCCUCCAGAGUCCACUUGUCUUCUGGAAGUGGGCUAAUGAACACAUUCUUGCUAUAGUUACCGCAACGGCUGUCUUCCACUUUGACUUAAGCACACCGACUGCUCCAAUUAAGAAAGUAGUAGAUAGACACGCUGAAUUGAGUGCCGCACAAAUCAUUGGAUAUAAGAUCGACCCAACCGAGAAGUGGGUUGCUAUUAUUGCACUUCUCCAGAGAAACAAUGAAAUCGUCGGGAAGAUUCAGUUGUUCUCAAUUGAGAAGAACGCGUCGCAGAUCAUCGACGGAUUUGCAGCGUGUUUCUAUAACUACAAAUUCGACGGUGCGGCACAACCGUCCGUGAUGUUCGCGUUUGCUCAGAAAUUCCCAAGCCCAAGACUCGGACUCAUUGAAGUGGUUAAGGGAGACCCAAAUAAGCAGAAUGUCAAUACAGUUAUUGAUAUCCCAACACAACCACAACAAGCUGCUGAUUUCAUUGUUGGGUUAGUUGUGUCGAUUAAGUUUGAGACUAUUAUGAUGGUGUCCAGAAUGGGAUUCAUUUACUGCUUCUAUGCAGGCGACGGAACUUUACUGUUCCAAGGAAAAGCUCUUGACGAUACUGUCUAUCUCACUGCAUACAAUCAGACUCUUGACGGUAUUUUCGUGGCUGGAAAGAAAGGAGGAAUCACUUCUAUUUCGUUGGAAGCAGACAAGAUCGUUCCAUUUGUGUGCAAAGCUCUGAACAAUGUUGGACUUGGAUGCAAGAUCGCCGCAAGAUGCAACUUGCCGGGUGCUGAUGAGAUCUUUGUUGAACGAUUUAACACGUUACUUGCUGCUGGACAGAUCAGAGAAGCCGCAUUGAUCGCUGCUAACUCUCCGGGAGAGCUCAUUAGAAACUCGACCACUAUCAACAAAUUGUCACAGAUGCCAGCACAACCAGGACAAAACCCACCACUUUUCUUGUACUUUGCAACUAUCCUUGAGGGCGGAUCACUCAAUGCACUUGAAGGAUUUACUUUAAUCCAAUUGUUGAUCCCACAGAACAAAUUGGCUGCCGUUGAAAGUUGGAUUGUUAACGACAAGAUCGAGUGCUCUGAGAAGUCCGGUGAUUUGGUGAAGCCAUACGACCAAAGACUUGCUUUGAUGAUUUACUCAAAAGCACACGCCACUGGUAAAGUCGUGCAAUCACUUGCUGAGAUGGGACAGUCCGAUAAAAUUGUUGCCUACUGCGAAAAAGCUGGGUUCCAAGAGAACUACCUUGAAAUAUUGAACCAGAUCUUGCCAUCGUCUGGCGAAGCUGCAAGAGCAUACGCCAAUUCUCUUAUUCAAGCUAAGGGAUAUGACGGACUUGAUAUCAUUGCUGUAUUGGACUUGUUUGCUCGAUACAGAUAUUUGAAAGAGAUCACCUCUUUGGUGUUAGAUACAUUGAAUGGCGACGACGAACAGUACGCCAACGUCCAAACUAAAAUCCUUGAAAUGAACUUAAUUGCCGCUCCACAGAUCGCUGAUACCAUUUUUGAGAACGACAUGCUGAAACACUUCGACAAGCAGAGAAUUGGAAAAUUGUGCGAACAAGCCGGUCUUUUCAAGAGAGCCCUUCAGAUCUUUGAUCAGUUUGAUGAUAUCAGAAGAGUCUUGUCACACGCUGCUGCUAUCCCACCCGAGUUGAUCAUUGAAGCAUUCAGAAAGCUUGCUCCAGAAGAAGCAAUUUUGGUCUUGCAAGACUUAUUGAGAACAAACCCGAGAGGAAACCUUCAAAUCAUCAUUAAAAUCCUUCUUGAGUUCCACCAAGGCAUUGGAGAUGAUAAGGUCAUUGAUUUGCUCCAAAAGUUCGACUGUUGGGAAGGGUUGUAUUACUUCUUGUCACAAAUUGUCAACAACACUGAAGACCCACUUGUUGUUUUCAAGUACAUCGAAGCGUGCGCAAGAGCUGGCCAAUUCCAAGAACUUGCUCGAAUUGUUCAGGAGAACAGUGUCUAUAAGCCUGAAGAUGUCAAAGAGUUCUUGAAGAACUCGAAGAUCCCCGACCAAAUUCCGUUCAUCAUUGUCUGCGACAGAUUCAAUUAUGUUGAAGAAAUGACUCAGUACUUGUACAAAAAUGGAUCCCAUCGAUUCAUUGAGGCUUAUGUCAAGAAAAUCAACCCAAUGAACACUCCGUUGGUUGUUGGUGCUCUGUUGGACUGUGGAUGUGGUGAAGAUUAUGUCCAAAGUUUAAUCAAUGCUGUUGGAGGUAUCUGCCCAGCAGAUGAGUUGAUUAAGGCCUGUGAGACCAGAAACAGACUUGUCAUCUUAUUGCCAUGGUUGGAACAAAGACUCUCCGAAGGAUCUCCAGACGUCCCACUCCAUACUGCCUUGGCCAAAGUCUACGUCGACCAAGGAAAAGACGCUGAAAAGUUCUUGAACAACGAUAUGUACUAUGACGCACUCUCUGUUGGUAAAUACUGUGAAGAUAGAGACCCGUACUUUGCUUAUAUCUGUUACAAGAAGAAGAAUUUGGACGACGAACUUAUUGAUGUUACAAACAGACACAACUUGUUCAAGUACCAGGCUAAAUAUUUGGUCGAAAGACAAGACCUUGGACUCUGGGAUAAAGUACUCAAACCAGAGAAUGAGUUCAGAAAGAAUGUUGUUGAACAAGUCAUUCACACCGCUCUUCCAGACUGCAAAGAUCCAAACGAGAUUUUGAAGACCGUCCAAGCUUUCUUGAACAACGACUUGCCAAAUGAUCUUAUUGACUUACUCGACAAGCUUGUUACACAGAAUCCCGAGUAUGCCAACAACCCAACCCUCCAGAAGUUGCUGAUUCAGACAUCUAUUAAGGCUGCUCCAAAUAGAGUAAUGGAUUAUAUUAGAAAGUUGAAGGACUACGAUGCUGAAGAGAUUGGACAGAGCUGCAUUGAUGACAGUUUGUUUGAAGAGGCGUAUGAGGUGUACACGAAAUUCGACUUAAAAGAACUUGCUAUGGAUGUAUUGUUGAGAGACAUUAAGGACUUGACAAGAGCAAAAGACUUUGCCGAUCGAUCAAAGAUGCCAUUGUUGUAUAAAAAACUUGGUGAGGCUCAAUUGGACGAGUUCAAGGUGAAAGACGCUAUUACUUCACUCUUGAAGGCCCAAGACAUUUCAUUGAGACAAAGAGUUAUUGACAUUGCUGAGCAAGAUGGAUCGUAUGAAGAUUUGGUCACAUACCUCAACAUGUGCAAGGAACAGACUAAAGACUCUAUUGUCGAGACUGAAAUCUUGUACUGCUAUGCUAAAUUGAAAAAGACUGAAGAGAUCGAAAAGUUCCUUAAGAACGCCAACUGCGCCAAUUUAUCUGCCGUUGCCGAUAGAUGCUUCAACGAGGAGAUGUACCUUGCCGCUAAGAUUUUGUAUGCAUCUUUGAACAACUACAUCAAGAUGGCGAGUUGCUUGAUUAAGUUGAAAGACUUUGCUGCCGCCGUCGAAGCUGCCAAAAAGGCGAACUCAACAAGAACUUGGAAAGAAGUCACAUUUGCUUGUGUUGAUGCCAAGGAAUUUGAUUUGGCCAAAGACACUGGGUUGAACAUUCUUGUCGCUGGUGAUGAGAUUAGUGAAUUGGUGUAUUAUUAUGAAAAGAAUGAAUACUAUGACCAGAUCAUCGACUUAUUGGAAGCCGGCUUAAAACUUGAGAACGCACACAUCUCCAUGUUUACUGAGUUGGCUAUUCUUUACUCGAAAUACAAAGAAGAAAAAUUGUACGACUACCUCAAGCAGUACAUCGAGAAGAUCCAAUGCCAGAAAGUCAUUCCAACGGUCAACAUGAACCAACAAUGGAAAGCACUUGUUUUCUUGUACGUGAAGGAAGACCAAGUUAAGGCUAUUGACACGAUGAUCUUAUAUCCAGACGCUUGCUUCGAUCACUUGUUGAUGAAAGACUUGUUAACAAAGGUCCCACGAAUUGAUAUGAUCUAUAAGGCCGAGUCGUACUAUUUGAAAGAAAAAUCCGAUAAAGUCUGCGAAAUGUUGAUUGCUGUUGCACACCGAUGUGAUCACGCCCAAGUGAUUUCUAUUGCAAGAAAGGAAAAAGACCUUGACACAAUCAGAGACUACUUGUUGUAUUGUCUUGAUUUGAACAACGACGCCGUCAACCAAGCUUGCAUCGACAUGUUCAUUGAUGAUAAGGAUCCAAAGAGCUUGAAGAGCUUAAUCGAAAAGAACAGUAACUUCAACAAGACUGCUUUGGCUAACAGAUUGAAGGCACACGAAGACCCAGAGUUCAGAAAGAUUGCUGCUUACUUGUACAGUUCAUAUGAUGAUUAUAAGAGCGCAAUGGACCUUUGCAUGAAGGAAGGAUUUGACAGCGACGCGAUGCAAAUUGCUAAGAAGUCAAAGGACGAAGACAAGAUUGGGGAGUUGUUGGAAUACUUCGUCAAGGAGAAAAAGGACGAAUCGUUCGGUGAAUGUCUCGAUGUCUGCUAUGACUAUGUCCCAGCAGAAGUUGCUCUCUCACUUGGAUACAAGAACAAAUUAAUGGACCAGACUAUGCCAUUCAUGUGCAAAAAGAUGAAGGAGACUAACGACAGAAUCAAAAAGCUCGAACAGCUCGAAAAGGAAAGAAAUGAAGCCAAGAAAGAACCACAGGUGUCCGAACAAGGCACUCCAUUCGGCAUGUUGGCCCUCCCAGCCGCUCCGGGAAUGAUGCCAAUGCAACAGCCACAAGUCGGUAUGAUGAACCAACCAAUGCAAGGUAUGAUGAAUCAGCCAAUGCAAAUGCAACAACCACAAGGCGCUAUGGGUGGAAUGGGAAUGGCUAACCAACCUAUGGGCCAACCAGCUGCUCCAACAAGCGAUUUCGUUUUCUAA